AUGCCCAGAGCACACAACGUUCUUCCCAUCAUCUCGGCUAGCAAGCGUUCUUCCCGAGAUCUAGAGUCGCGGCGGUGGUACAACAGUCGACUGCCGGUCUCUAAACUCUUUCCAGACCUCCUAGAACCCCUCUUCAUUCUCGCCUCGAUCGACCCCAAUGAACACUGGACCUCAUUCACCGCCCUAUCCAUCUCCCAAGUUUGCCAUUCUUGGCGCUUCAUCGCCCUCUCACUUCCAAUCCUCUGGGCAAAUCUCGUAGACUUUGAGGAGCGUUCGGAAACUUGGAACCUCGAGAUGCUUCGAAGAUCUGAUACCUAUGCAAUCGAUCUCAGCCGUAGAGACUUCGUUCCCCGGGCGGAGAACAUCAUUUCCAAAGAACUCGACCACCUUGCAAGGUUGCGCACCUACCGNGUCAUGUUUGAUUCGACGUCUCAGGAAACGCUGAUCACCAAACUAUCGAACGAGGCUCCGCAGCUUGUUCACCUCGAUAUCAGCUACAGCGGUACCUCGGUUGGUGGAAGACUGGAGUUCCCUUCAUCGCUCCUCGGUGACGAUGCACCCUUGCUGCGUCAAUUGGAGUUAACAAGGUGCACCGUCGACCUCACUUCUCCAGUCCUCAGAAACCUCUCUACCCUCUCUAUUCGCAACGUUGACACGGCGAUUGCCCCUACUUUGUCGCAAUGGAUCGGCGCUCUGAGAAGGCUGCCUGAGCUGACAAUCCUUUCGAUUCAGGAUUCCUUCUCUCCUCUUCCCCGAUCCCUCGCCCAUCCCUCCCCAUCCAAGAGUCCCGUGGAGCUUCCGUACCUCUCUGAAUUAUAUCUGGAUGGCCAUAUCUCAAAUGUAGCGCUUCUCCUCCGUGAUCUCGCCUUCCCGAUGCAUUGCGGCAUGAUGCUAUCCUGCACAGAAGCAGAACCUGGACCGCUCUUCGAUAUCGUACGAGAAGCAUUUUCCCAGAGGAUCAACCGGGCGCGGCCUCUCAACCACAACAUCCAUUCUUUGUUCAUCUACGCGAAAGGGACCAGUCUAUCGAUCUCCAACGAACCAAACGAGUACGAAACGACGGGACGAUUACCAGAAGAACCGAAUCCUUACCUCUAUCUCGACCUUCAUUCCGCGUCCAGUCCAAACGGAUGGGCCGAACUCCUUCCACCUCUCCUCUCCGCAAUGGACGACACAUUUUCCAAGGUCACCUCCCUCGAACUCGAACUCCCAGCCAUCCCCCCCGCAUUGAUGCUCAGUCUUUCAAAAGCGAUCCGGUUAACGACUUUGAUGAAUCUAUCAGGAGCCAUGUCCAAAAAACUACUCGCCGUUCUCCAGAAACCGUAUCCUUUGCCAUUGAACGGAGGAAUCGAGAUCGUCCCGACCUUUCUCCUACCAGCUCUACACACCAUCCUAUUCACUGAGGACAGCUCAAUGUGGGGCCCCGCUUAUCGAGUCUUCCAGUCGUUUUUGCGCUGGCGGAGAAAUGGGGAUGCCCCUCUCAAGAGAAUUGUUUUUCGUAAAUGUUCGGUUUUGCGAGAUACGAUGGAAAGCUUGGAGUGGGAUGGCGUAGAGGUAGAUUAUGAUCCCGAGGGGGUAAGAUGGCAAACGUUGUAG